AUGACAUUUAUCUUUGUAAAUACCUGUUUUUUUCGUGUCACCCGGCAAAAACAGAUCACUUCUCAGAAUGGUAUUACAUCUGAUCAUCUAUGGACAUCAGAUAAUAUUGAUAACCAAUACUUAAAGGGACCUGUGCAAGUACCAGACGCUUUAACUGUAAAUAAUACUUGUCCUGAAAAUGCAAGAGUAUUUUCCAAUGAUCCUUCUGCUGUUUCUGCCGGAAUAACUAGUCGUGGCGCUAGUAGUUUGAGCCAUUUUGGCAGUAGCGCUUUGGGAGCCACUCCUGGAAAUAUUAAUUCAUGUUCGAAUUCCCCUACUGGGGCUAUGACCAUCACUAGUUCGGGAUCAAAUUCUGCCAUGCCUACAACAGGUACUAUUCCUGCAGAUUUGAUGGACCACACCUGCAGUGGAUCAGGUUCCGGAAAACCUUUACUGGUUCAGCGAACAGUCGCUAGGCAAGUUCAGUUGGAAGAACGUAUCGGUGAAGGUCGUUAUGGUGUUGUAUGGCGAGGUGUUUGGCAAGGUGAUCUAGUAGCAGCUAAAAUCUUUUCUAGUCGGGAUGAACGCUCCUGGUUCCGAGAGACAGACAUUUAUCAGACGGUGAUGUUACGUCAUGCAAAUAUUCUAGGUUUUAUUGCAGCUGAUAAUAAGGAUACAGGACUGUCUACCCAAUUAUGGCUUAUAACUGACUAUCAUCCAUUAGGAUCAUUAUAUGAAUUUCUACAACAACAUUGUCUGACACCGUUUGCUCUUUUACGGGCCGUUGCAUCUAUUACUAAUGGUUUGGCACAUUUACACAUGGAAAUUACUGGGACACAGGGUAAACCUGCUAUAGCUCAUCGUGAUCUGAAGUCUAGAAAUAUCUUAGUUAAAAUGGAUGGUGAAUGUUGUAUUGGAGAUUUGGGUUUUGCUCUUAAAUUGGACUCAUCUAUGAAUACUGCAUUAGAAAUUAAUUCAAACUCAGAUCGUGUUGGAACCAAACGUUAUAUGGCUCCUGAAGUGUUAGAUAAUACAAUACGUUUAACAAGUCCAGAAGCAUUUAAACAAGCUGAUAUGUACAGUUUAGGUUUGGUAUUUUGGGAGGUUACAAGACGGUGCUAUGUUCGUAAUUUAUUCGGACCAGAUGAAUAUCAACUACCUUAUCAAGAUCUUGUGUCUGCAGAUCCUUCAGUAGAAGAAAUGAAGUCUGUUGUUUGUGAACAAGGUCUACGACCAGGUCUACCAGCUAUAUGGUCGAAACAUGAAAUUAUCCGAGCACUACAAGAUAUAAUGAGUGAAUGUUGGUAUGCUAGUCCAUCGGCUAGACUAUCAGCUAUGCGUGUUAAAAAAUCACUAGCUGGUGUACGUAAACAAUUAGAUACUAAUCCAGCAUUGUCAGAUUUUUCACAUACUAAUUAUCUACCUCCAGAAGCUACUGAUAAGCUUCCUUUUGGCAUAAUUCGUUGUCCAUCUGUGCCACGUAAUACUAUGAAUAAUACUAAUACUAAUACUACUAAUAAUAAACAAAUAAAUUUAUUACCAAAUCUUACAAGUACCAAUUCUAUUGGUACUACAGUUGGUAAUAAAUUACUCAUCUCAGGCAGUCAUAACAAUACAACUUAUAAUGAUAGUAAUAAUCCUUUAUUAACCACUACCAUCACUAUCACACCUCCAACAAUGCUUGAUAGUAAUAUUCAUCAUAGAAAUUGUCAAUGUAAUGAUGAUAAUAAUAUUUUAUAUUCAUCAUUAUUAUAUAACAAUGGAAAUAUUUCCUCGUAUUGGUCAAAUUGUGAAUAUGAUAAAUUAUUAUUAUUCAAUACACAUAAUAAUAAUGAUGAUGCCAAUCCUCCUCCUCCUCCUCCUCAUCAUCAUCAUCAUCCUCAUGAGAAAUCCAAUAAUAAUAAUGAUAAUAAUUCAAAGCAUUUAUAG